UUGUUUUGGUCCCCCUCCCACCAGCUAAGGUCCCUGUGCUCUUCAUCUAUCUGUGUUUCUGCGAUCAGGUUGUUCUGUGACAGCAAACGGAAAUGAAGAAGUUUUUCGAUGGCUUUAAGAAAGACAUUAAGUUUAAAACUGCGGGACCUGGGAAGAAACUAACAGAAGAUACCAGUAGCAAGCCCGAGGUAGUGCAGAGCAGCUCCAGUAGCAAGAAUAAUCGCCAUGCUCCUAGUGAAGGAUCCCAGAUGGCUGGAGCCGCAGCCCUGGCCAGGAUAGAACAGCAUCAGCGGCCGAAGGUCUACACCUCUCAGGACGUCAUCAGGAACCAGGUUAAAAGAGAACUGGAGGCAACUGCACUGGCUGAGAAAGAAAAGGCAGAUACAGCAGAGGGAGCCAAAGUGCCAGUGAAAGAUCCCGCCUGUCUCUCAGUGUCAGGUGUGUAUUUCACAUGUCCGCUAACUGGAGCAACUCUGACUAAGAGUGAGAGAGAAGUACACAUUAAAGAGGCCAUUUUGAUGCGGUUUGAGGAGGAUAGAGUUGAGGCCUCUGUUAUGAUGAUCCACACAUUUAACAAAGACCGAGAGAAAGUGAAGGCUGCCGUGGACAUCAUAAGCAAGUAUAUUGAGAACAUAUGUAAGAAUCCCACAGAGGAGAAAUACAGGAAGAUUAAACUCAGCAACAAGGUGUACCAGGAGAAAGUUCGUUGUGUGGAGGGCAGCAGAGAGUUCCUGGAGGCCCUGGGCUUCACAAGCAUUAUGCUUCCUGUAGAGGGUCAAGAGGAGGAAGAGGAGUUCCUGGUGUUACUAGAGCAUAGCCCCGAUGCCCUGGAGUUGAUGAAGGAGAGGAGGGAUCGUCUCCAGAGAGGCGAGCCGGUCAGGGCUCAGCUGGACCGACAGCCUCAAGCAUUCAGAUCCUCUCCCAACGCCCAACGCUUCGAGCUGCCGCCAGAAUUCUACAACCUGACAGCCGAGGAGCUCAAGAGGGAGCAACAGCAGAGGAGUGAGUUGGUGGAGAAGAACGCCAUGCUGCGCACUAAAGCCAUGAGGGAGAAAGAGGAGCAGAGGGAGAGAAGGAAAUACAACUACACCCUGCUCAGGAUCAGACUUCCUGAUGGAAGCCUUCUACAAGGGACCUUCUAUGCGUGGGACCGGCUGCCUGUGCUGUUUACGUUUGUACGGGAGUCCUUGGUGGACGGCUGGCAGCCCUUUGAGCUCAUCGCUCCCGGAGGUCAGAAACUACAAGAGGCUGAAGAAGUCGCUCUCGCAGAGUGCAAUUUGGUCCCUGCAGCUCUGCUCACCUUCGCCUGGGAUGCCGCCGUGCAGGCGGACAUUGCAGCCGCGGGCGGAAAGAGCCCCGCCCUCCUCAAACCAGAGCUGUUGGAAACCAUUCGGACCCUGAGCUGAGCAGACCCUCUGUCCUUGAACG